GCCCUGCUGUUGCUACGGUAACGAGGUUGCGUGCUAUAAACACUUUCAUUAAAAAAAUUUCACGCUGCCUCCGUUAUACAAAAUUUCAAUAUUGAAAACUAAGUAGAGAUUCGCUUUUUUGAAAUGUUUCCUAUCAUUCAUUAAUAAGUUUUAUCUUUUGAGUACAUCUGGCGUCCCGCCCCCCGCGCUGUGUCGUCAGCGCGCACUGCUGUUGCUACGGUAACCAGGUUGCGUGACACUUUCAUAAACACAUUUUCACGCUGCGUCCGUUAUACAAAAAUAUAAUAUUGAAAACUAAGGGAGAUAUUCGCUUUCUUGAAACAUGGAUGUUUUACCAGAGAUGGAGGAAAGUAUUCUGAGUGGUGAUGAAGAUGACGAAAGAGUUGAGGAUGAAGAUGUGGAAGCUGUUCGGGAAUUAGAGAGCAGUCUGUCCAAAACACAGUUACGCCCCAUUGGAAACAUUUUAAAGCCAAGACCUCCAUUGGACCUUUCCAAAUGUCCAUCCUCAUACACUCAGAACUCACCAAAGGAGAAACUCAUGCUUGCAAUGGCCGAAAACUUUCGACAGCAGUACGCUCUUCUGUACCCCGAUCGGAAACCACUACUGCUGUGUCCCGUCAAUGAAUGUGGAGUUCAGAAAUUUGUCAGCACAACCCUGAGGCGCACCUUGCUACAAUAUCCUAUUCUGUAUAGCUGGGAUGGAUGUGCCAGUUUUGUGUCAGAUUACCUCUCCUUGGAGUUACUGGACCCAGCAUUUAAAAUACCAAAGCAGUUGUCUUCCCCCACCUCGGUUCUGCAAACACAAAGGGGUACCUGUUUUGAGUUCUCCUGCCUGCUGUGUAGUCUCCUGUUGGGCGCUGGAUACGAUGCUUACUGCGUCAGUGGGUACGCCAGUAAAGAGAUGUGUCUUCUCGAUCAGUCACGCCAAGAGUGUCCACGCCAAGAGUGGCACAUCAUGCCCACGCCACAUCUGCAGCCUCAAGUCCAAGGUAAUGAAGAAAAUCAGAAGAAGAAAAUGAACAAAUACUCUGUUAAACCCCCACCUGAUCUGACGAGCAAAUUCGAGAAGCAUCAGGAGGAGAAGCGAAUUGCAGAGGCCAAAGCAACUGCCCUGAAGAAACAGAAAGAAGCGGAGAAACUUCAGGAGGAACAAGAACGUCCACCCCCAGACCCUCUUUUGGGCCUGAGGGUUCACAGUUGGGUUCUAGUGCUCCCGGGGAACCGGGAAGUCACCAAGGAGUUCUUUAUUGACCCUCUGACUGGAAAGAGCUACUCCACAAUCGAUGAAAACUUCCUGGGCAUAGAGAGCAUUUGGAACCACCAAAACUAUUGGGUCAACAUGCAGGAUUGCCGUUUCGGUUGUGCUGAGAUGACCUUUGACUUGAGUGAUCUAUCAAAGUGGGAGUAUAUGCUGUGCGGACCUUCUAGCCAAUCACUAUCCAUUGUUUCUGACCCAAAGUCACUUCAAGAUCCAGAAUAUGAGGAAGAAGAUGAAACUGAAGAACAGAAGCAAUUUGAGAUGCCUCCAUCUUGGGUAGCUGAAAUAGACAUUUCGCCACAAGAUAUGGAAAUGCGUUACCCAGGAGGCAUAAAAGUUAUCCAGUACAGGAAAGCCAAGCUGGAAAAGUUUGCACCUUCUCUUCGAAAAGAUGGUCUGCUGACCAGGCUUACCACUUACACAGAUCUCGAGUGCACAAAGCCCAACACAGUUAAGGAGUGGUUUAAACAUCGCAGCGAUUGUCUUGAGGAGAGAGAGGUACAAAUAGACACCAACCUGACAACCGAACGUUUCAGGCCUGGAAGGAGCGAUUUUCUUAAAUGCCACAGAUACACCACUUCGGUCACCGAAAUUGAACGUCAAAUGGACUUUUAUAGUUGCACUCACAACGACAAUCUAGCCGGAAGAUUCGAGAAGCCAUCCGAAAUGACAGAAACCUUUGAAGACCGAACAGACUUUCUCUUUCAUCGACGUGUUGUUUAUGGAAAGAGGGUCAAAGUGUCUCAGUCUGCAGGAGCUCUCGAGCAGCGGCCUAUACAGAUGGUGAAGGAGAUGUUCCACAGAGAUCAUUCUAGACCGGCCGGUAAACAAGUGGCUGAACGAAGUUUUAUGAUGUCGGAGGGCCAGAUCCACGUGACCUUUCAUCUAGAGGAAGACAGAAUAUUCAGAUCUUGGCUGAAUUUCACCAAACCCAAAGAAGCAGGAGGGUUGUGGACUCGAGACAUGGUUUCCGGCUUUCAGGUGGAUCCUUUUGCUAAACCUUACAAGAACUUGGAAUUGUACCAAAUGCUUGUGGAUCUGAUGAGAGAUGAGGAAAAUGUUUUGCUUAAAAUUAAAGAUUCAGAGAAAGAGGUUAAAGCAAUUCUUUCUGCGAGAGAACAAGAGGAGAGUAAUACAGAGCUUCAGAUAUCAAUUUAUGACAUCUUAAGAAAUGACACAGCAAAUCUUCAGAUGAAAGAGAUGGAGCGCAUAGCUCAAGAAAAACCGCAGCGUCAGAAAGAAAAGAAACGGGACCCUUUGGUGUCCUUCCUAGUCGAGUUGGGACUCUCAGGACCCCUCACAUACCAGGACGCUCUUCGGUUGAAGAACGACUGCCUGGCUGAGUUUAAAGAGGGACUUGAACACAAAGAGAAACUUAUUCAGAAACGACUGGAAAAGGAGACCGAGGGGUUGCAGAAGAAACAGUUGUGGUACCAAACGAACCAACACACCAUGACCAAGGAGGAGAAAGACGAUUACCUCAAUUACUGCUCUGAUGCAGAGAUCAGGAUCAAGGUCGCCAAAAUGAUGCACAGGCGUCACAAGGAGAAUGCCCCUCAAAAGUUACUAGCACUGAAGGAAGAGCUAAAGAAGGAUCCAAGGUUGGCCCAUCAUAAUCUACCAAUGGACUAAAAGAAAGAUUCACAGAAUUGAACCACAGUUUUUCUUUUAAAUACAUUUUAAAGGAUAAAUAUCACAGUAUUGCAGUACUUUGUUUAGGAAAGCACAUCUACAAAUGUUGUAAGAGCAAAACGUGACCGUAUAGACUUUAGUCAAGGUAGAAAAAUAGUCUAAGCAGCAAAUCUGCAUUGUCCAAUAAACCACAUAUUUUGCUUCAGA